AUGGAGUAAUUACUGUUAAUAUAACCAGAAGAAAAUCUAAAAUUUGAAUUAGAAAAUAACUAAUAUGUUGCUAGAAUAGUUUUGCAGAAUGUUUCAACAAUCUUUGUUGCUUUUAAAGUUAGAUUAAGCAAUCAAAAUGAUUAUAGUGUUAAACCAAAUAUAGGAGUCUUGAGAGCUGGUAAUAAUGUAACAUUGUUAUUAACAACUGGAAAUACCAUUAGUAUAAAUAAAGAUCGUAUUUAAAUAUUAGCAGGACCCAUAUCUAACAAUGAAGUAUAACUUAAUAAAUAAGCAGGAUGUCAUUGAAUAUUUCAAAAAACAGUAGAGAUUGAAUCAAAGAAUUAUAAAAUGUUGCACUGAUGAAUUUUCAUCCUUAUAAUCUACUGUCAAUAAAUCUACUAUUUUUCCAUAAGAAAUUAAUGAUUUUAAAGUAACUACAAUAAAAAAAGAAUAUGUAAAACCUCAAAAGAAAUAACAACAAUCAAAAGAUAUUUUGAACUUGGAAGAAUAGAUUAAAAAAAUUGUAAAAUAUAUUAAUCUAUUAUUUUAGAGUGAGGAUCUUAAAGUUAUUAAAGAAAAAUAAAAUGAUGGCAAGAUAACUGUUGGGAUUAAGUAAUUUUUAAUAUCAAUUUUAAUUUCUAUGAUUGUUGGAGUAUAUAUAACUUAUAGAUGA